GCCGGGACAGAUGGAAAGAGAGUCUGGUGAGAAUGUGGCAACGGAGUGGAAAGGGGAGAGCGCGACAGUGGUGGCAGUGCCAGGAGAGGACCAGUCGACCAGUACCAACAGGCCCACUGCUGAUUGAUACUGGGACUCACAGGAGCAGUUAACCCAGAGCUUCGGCAUUUCGUCUCCCUGAUACUGGAUUCCUCUUCUGAAGAAUUCUAAUGUUGAUGUGACGACUGAACAAUCAGGUCCCACUUCUAUGAACCAUCCACGAGCGACGCUUCCUUCACUCUCAUUAUCAUUUCCUUUUGAACCUGGAUUUUCGAUAACAUCACUCGUUGAUCACAUGGCGGAUAGGUGUGAGGCAAUGAUCAUAAAUUUUUUAUUCCUCACUGCGGACAGGAGCUGACCCAUAAAAUGUCGAUGGUGAAUGGUAUCAAUAUGACGACGGGCGAGAUGUCUUUCGGCCGAGUUAACGGUACGAGAAUUAUUUCAGCUGUUAACCUGAGGUUAAAAAGAAAUUCGGACCAUCAAUAAAUAUGGAGGUUGGGUUAUGCAAAGGCAUUCAUUGGUGGAAAAAAUUGUCUUCUUUCAACAGAGAAAUAAAAAUGCGUGUACAUAAAUUUAUUCGGCACAACGUCCAUUUAUAUAGCUGACCUAUACACUCUUCAUUCAUGGCAUCGUGUCUGUAAAUUUUUUUUGUAAUUUUAUUAGCCUGUCCGAGAAAAUAACUUUUAUUUCUUCCAACUUUUUCUGUUCCAUAUCAAUUCAUUCUCCUUGAAAUCUAGAAUGGCGAGGGAAAUUGGGGGUCCGAAUGGGAAAAAUCCCUAGGACAAUCUCCAUAUUGUUUUUAUUAUCCUCGAAGGACUGGUGUAAGCCGAGAACGAGUAUCGUUCGACUUAUGGUAAUGUCCACAACAGCAGCAUAAAUUAUUUGAUUGUUAAGUCAGUGCCUUGGGGGUUUAAUGCUUUGAUCAAGUAAAGAUGGCCGCUGAUGAGGUCAACGUAGGUGUUACAACUUGAGAUUACAUACUAUUAUGAAACUGGUAAUGUGCUAUUUAUGAAUAGAAAACCAAGAUUUGCCAAUGUCUCGGUAUUAAAAUGUUAUUUCACAAGGAUAAGGUGUCGUAGCAGUAGUCAAAGGUAUCGGCCAAUGGAGGUGAGUGGGCAUUGUCUGGAUGUUUAUGCAUUUGUACGGGAGAUCUGAUGUACUCGUUUGGGGUUUGUAAAAUGCUGGUGGUUCCACUGAGAAAACUUAAAAGAAAGGAUCGAUGAAUAAUGGAAGACACAGCCAAGGUCGUGUGCUCUCCUGAUCUUGAUAUCAGAAAUCCUACGUGAAUUCUAAAUGAAGAGGCUUGAUUCACUUGCAUCGAGGUCUGCAACGAGGGAGAUCAACUCCACAAAUUGAAGGAGAACUUCGGGAAUGGCCUUGGAGGUGGGAAAUUUGGGGAGAAAUACUUCCCUCAUCGUUGGAGUGAUUUUCGGUCAUCGAUGGGACAAUAUUGGGCAUUACUGGAUGAAAUAUUUUGGGAGCUAGACCAUUAUCAGCCUGACGAUGACUAACUCGCGGCAAAAGAAAGCUCAAAGUUUAAUCAACGAACACAAUGGCGUCAAUCAUUGACUCGUGAAACGAGAAUAUAUUAAUAACAACUGAGUUUAUCGUCUUAUCUCGUCGGCUUGUCGUCUUUCAUACGUGAAAACCGAUCAUUGCCAUGACUCGAUGUGCGUUACGAAUAACGGCGUUAUGCACUGUUGAUCACGCGGGUUAUGGGCAUUUACCAUACGCUGCACUUCAUCAGUAUAACGACUGAAUAGAAGAAUAUUUGUAAUGAAGUUUGACCACGAGGGAGUACAAGUGACUGAUCGAGCGUUGAAUUGGUCCAAUGCACUCGUUGCCUUCUCUUAUUCUCAUUAUUAUCAAUUUUAUUUUUAAAAAAUUCAUUCAUUUCGCCUAAGCUCUUGAUUAUUCCCAUAUUAAAUUUUUUUUUCAGAUUAUUAUUUGAGCGGAUGGUCUAGAAGAUCGGGCAACUUUGACUUCCAGUCCCGAUUGAGAAAAGGAAAAUUCAUACCUGGAAACUCUUCACCGAGGGUCUAAAGAAAUUAAGAUAAUGCGAUAGUAAUACAUCCAACGACUGCGACGAUCAUCACAAUUUUCAAGGACAAUAACCAGAGGAUCCCCUCGGCCCCCUUACCACAGCCCCAUAAAUAAUCUCACGAUGUAUUUAAUAAUAUCGCUGCUUCUACUUUUGGCAUCGCAACUUCCCGGUACCAAUGCAAAAUGCAGUUUGACGCCGAUAGAAGCUGACGACCGUACGAUCGCGUACGUGUGCCUUCACGGUGAUCUCAAGGAUUUGGAUGAUGUGCCAAAUGAGGCCGAGUGGAUCGAAUUCACGGUCGCGCGUUUUGAUGUCAUUCCGGCGAGUGCUUUCGUGCGUUUCAAACAGCUGCGAAAACUCACAUUCUUCAAUUGCAAACUCAAUGAAUUAAAUGCCGACGCAUUUCGCGGCCUCAAUCAGCUGGAGAUGCUGGUGAUGUUCAAUACGAAGAUGGGAGUGGCGAGGGCCGCGGUGUUCCAGCACAUGCCUAACCUGAAAAUUCUCAAGCUGGAGGGCACGGGACUGAUGUACAUCGAGCCCGAGGUUUUCGAAAUCCUGUCGAAGAGAUUGGAGGAGCUCAGCAUCAGGAACAAUGACGUUGAUUGUCUUCCAGUGGAGGCACUCGCUAAAAUUGAAAGACUGAAGAUCAUGAAGAUCGAUGACAAUCCGUGGCUGUGUGACUGCAAAAGUUCACUCCUGGAGUUCUUCCGAGGUAGGAAUAUUCAACAGAUGUCGAAUAAUGAUUUCACGCAUCAUCGACGGAAACGGGGACAGUACAGAUGGUCAAGCGAGCAGUCCUUCGAGACGAGUUCCAGUCAUUACGUCUACGACUGCAUGGCUGUCUUGAAAUAUCCACCGCUUCCUCCCUCCAACGUUACCGAUACGAGUUAUUACAGUCGUUACAAUAUUGAACGACGCGAACAGAAGAUCACCAGUGUUCACAGUCUAGACCAUCUGCCGGACAACAUAGGGUGGCUCGAGAUCUUCGAUGUUCACAUUCCAAGACUGCAGAGGUACAUGUUCUUCAGGUUCGGUAACACCUUGAGAAGCAUCAUUUUGAGGAAUUGCGGAAUCGAUACAAUCGAUCUCGAGGCUUUUGCUGGCCUCCACAAGCUCGAACGAUUAGUCAUCAUUGGGGCGAGAUUGCCGAUCAUCGGGAGCUGCUGGUUCCGAGACCUCGGACGACUUUCAGAGCUCGUUCUCGAAAAUUCUAAUGUUGAAAAAUUCGAGUACGGGGCCCUUGAUCAUCUCACUAGCUUGAGGAGACUGGAUCUCAAGGAGAAUCGACUCAAUUGUCUUCCUGAAGACGCCAUCCGCGGUCUUGGCAAUCUGGAGAGGCUCGAUGCAAGGGGGAAUCCCUGGCUGUGCUCCUGUCGACAGGACCUUGAAAAUAAUCUGUUGAGAAGACGCAUCGGUUACGACAUCAGCAAUGGAGGAAAUAAUGGCGGGGGAUGCUUACAAGGGAAGGAAGUCACUCGGCCACAUGAUUACAAUGAAUAUUACAAUCACACAUCAACUGGCUGGAUCCGCUGGAGCUGGGGUUACGAGACCCACCAGAGUCGACCAACUCGGCCUCCACCCACCACCCCCCGGCCACCCCCAGUAAUACAAACUCCUCGGCCCCCAAUUCGUCGCAACGGCUGUAAAUCAGUGCCAGCGGGUCUCUAUUUCGACAGGGAUUACUACAACAACCUCCGGGGUCACACGUACUUGUGCGAAGACGCGACCCUCGUCGAUCUUCGUCAGAUACCCUCGAUAACAGAAACCAUCAUCUUCACCAAAUCAAUCAUUCAGAUUCUACGAUCUGACGAGUUCCGCAAGUUCGACGGGUUCCUGAAGCGAUUGGAAUUCCGCGACUGCGCGAUCCAAGAAAUCGAGGAUCGGGCAUUUGCAGGUAUAAAAAAUCUCCAAGUCCUUGUCCUCCACGGAAAUAACAUCAAAGUCGUUCGCUCCGAGUGGUUUACAGACACUCAGAACUUGCAACGCCUCACUCUGGCCCACAAUAAUAUCCACGAGAUCGAGACUAGAGUCUUCGAGAUGGUUCCCUUCCUGAUCACCCUCGACAUCUCAGAAAACAAGAUCAACUGCCUCGCGACCGAGCGAUUAAAGAACCUACGCUACAUCACGGACUUGCACCUGGCGGACAACCCGUGGACAUGUCUCUGUGCAGAAGCUCUGCAUCGAUUCGUCAAUAGUCGAAACAUUUUCUGUGCUGACGCCUGCUUGGACGUUGUCCUGCGGGACAGAUGUCACAACACAGCCUUCACCCCGAGACCAUCAACCCCAGUCAGUUCAUCUACACCGUCAACAAGUGUCUAUCCUCCACCAACAAGGAUCUAUCCUCCACCAACAAGUGUCUAUCCUCCACCAACAAGUGUCUAUCCUCCACCAACAAGUGUCUAUCCUCCACCAACAAGUGUCUAUCCUCCACCAACAAUUAUCUAUCCUCCACCAACAAGCAUCCGUCCUCUACCUCCUCUACCUCCUCUACCUGACCUUACCACCAACAUCAGCGGUUCCUGCUACUCCGACCACGACGGAAAACACUACCACUGCAGCAAUGGCGACCGAUUCAUCCUCGACCAUAUCCCCAGUUGGGUAUCAGUGAUCGACCUCUACGACUGCUACAUAGAGCAUUUGCCAGCAUCUGCAUUCUCAAGAUUCGAGAAUCUCACGGAACUUGUUCUCCGAAAUUGUUCAUUACGAGAGGUGGACGAGCGAGCGUUUUACGGUCUCAGGAGGCUGGAGAGGUUGACCAUCAAGGGUAACAAUUUUGCGGUGGUUCGUGAGGGCUGGUUCACCCACUGCGAUAAUCUCUAUCGGCUCGACCUCAGCAACAACUACCUCGUGGAAAUCGAGUCCCGAGCAUUUCAUAAUCUGAAACGUCUUCAGUACCUCAACUUGGAGGACAACAUGUUCAGCUGCAUCUACACCAAUUCCUUCAUCCAGCUGCCCCAACUUGAUACAGUUGAGUUCAGCCGAAAUCCGUUGAAGUGGAGAUGCUGGCAGGAGCUCAAGCAGUUUUUAGAGGUCAGGGCUAUCGGAUAUACCGAUCAUAAGUGCCCUUAUGACACAACACAUCUGGUGAGAAAUUUACAGAAAGAGGGCUCGAGCCAGAGUCAAAGCUACACCGACGGCGCCACCGAAAACGAUGUUACAUAUUUUGGAUUUAUUCUGACUGCUGCCAUGGUAUAUUCCUUCCGCUGAUGUAUAUUAUCUCCAUCGUAGAUUAAUGACGCUAGUACCUGACGCGAAAUCACCUCGCUAAUAUCGCUAAUUACACUAAUUUAAUUUUAAACGUCAUCGCGUUGUCUUAUUUAUAUCGAUAAUUUUUUUAAUUACGAACUGAUGAUGUGCUUACGAUUUUGUCUGACACGAUCUACUUUGUUGAAUAAAUGGUCAAUUAUUUAACGUUA